GCCAGCGGAAAUUAAGCUACAAAUCUAUGGGGUGUGCAUCAUGAGUGCUGUAGACUAUGGGUCAAUUGUUUACGACAGUUUGUUUACGUCUUUCUAUUCUAGGCUAGCUUCUGCGCACAGGCUAACAGCAUGUAUGAUUUUGUGUGAUUUUCAUUUAAGAGUGAUGAUCUUCUCCGUAAACUAAAGCUGCUCGAACUUGUCUCCGGUAGACGCUACUUUCGCCUUCUACACUUUUAUGAAGUGUUAUUUGACAUCUCUCCUCCAUGUAAAGUUUGUAUCAUUUCCAUGCGUCACACGAGAGCCAGUCUUCGACUAAACCAAAAUCCUUUUGCGGUGCUUGUUCCUUUAACAUCAAAGAAAAGUGUACAGGAAUCAUUCUUCUAUCUAACAGCGGACGAGUGAAACAAACUUCCGCUGCACGACAUUAGCAGUCCUGAUCCUGCUAACUCUUCCAAUGCUAUUGUUGUGUCUUUAUCAGUCUUUAAAGCUCGCCUACUCACUCAACUCUGUGCCCAAAUGUAAAUGUUUUACUGUUCUGUUGGAUGUCCUAAACAGUUCUUCUAACUUUAUUUGCUGUUUAUUGUACCUUAUUUUUUUUUUGUGCGUUCAUAUUUAGAAAGAUUUUUGGGACCAGUAUUUACAAGCCAGGGGCUUUCCUGUGUCCCUGCUUUGAUUUAAGCUAAAUAAAUAAAGCUGUAACUGUAACUGUAAACUGUGGUUAUAACAGCGAAAAAAGAUCCCAUAGGAUGUGCUGACCUGUGUGUUAGUGAAGGACUGGUCAAAAACUUAACUAGCUCUUUUUUCUCUAACUAGUCAUGGCACUAGAGACUUUUAAGACUGUUCACUAGAGAUCUGCACGGGUGCCCGUACAAAUCUCUACUAUUCACAGAUGGAGUCACCGAAACAUUUUCGUCUGCUUGAUUAUCAUAUUCCAUACAAAAUGCACUUGUUCAUUGUAUGUUUUCUUUAUUAGGCAUAUUAAGACUUGAAGGCAUAUUUGAAUUUGAAAAACAUAUCUUUCUUGUUACCGAACGUCUUCAAAAGGAUAUGUUAAAUUUUAUAAUAUCAAACCGAAAUCCAAAAGGAAGACUAGAUGAAGAUACAACAAAAUUUUUAGCAUUUCAAUUAGUAUCAGCCAUACGCUAUUUACAUGGCUAUGAUAUAGCUCAUUGUGACUUAAAACCUGAUAAUGUUUUACUCAACAUUUAUAAUGAUAUUGUUCAUUUAAAAGUGUGUGAUUUUGGUCACGCUCGAACCAUACGUGAGAACUCGAUAAGACGCACAAAAGUUGGUACACCUGCUUAUUUAGCACCGGAAGUUAGUCAUGAUGGAUUUCGACAAAUGCAUGGUUAUAAUAAAACUGUUGAUAUGUGGGCUAUUGGAGUGGUUAUAUUUGUUAGUCUAACAGGCUAUUUUCCAUUUCACGAAGAUGAAGAAAUUGUUGAUCAAUUACAGAAUAUACCAAAGUUAUUUCAAGAUGGAAUACUGACUAAAGUAUCCAAUGACGUUAAAGACCUAUUGCAAUAUCGCUUAUUAGUACCACACGCCGGUCAUCGAAUGCUAAGUUCCGGUGUUAUCUAUCAUGAUUGGUUUCAAAGUAAUGCUUUAGUUACAUCAUGUGCAAAGUUGGAAGAAUGUUUAAAAAAGAAAUGGUUAACACCAUUUUUUGAGACAAACUACGAAAACAACUAUGACGAAAUAAAUCGACUCAUAUGA